GACGUAAUGACGUACUUCGUACAAAAUUUGCGCGGGUUUACCGCGGAAGGUAGAGGCUGUUAUUUUCCUGUUCCCAACUUCCAAACUAAAACAAAGAAAUCAUGUCUAAGCGGGAGACGUUUUUAGAAGCUGCUUGUAAGGAAAACGUUGAGGACUUCCUUCGCUUUAUUCAGCUUCAUAAGAACAAAACCGAGCCUUUUGAUGUGGAAGAGGUGUUGCAGGAGAUGUCCAGGGAGCAGAGGGAGGCUCUCUGGAGGAGGCUGGGGUCGCUCCUUCGGGCCGUCCUGCUGGAGUUGCCUCCUGAGCGCUGGGAGGAGGACAUGCAGCAGGAAUCAGCUGCAGACCCUAAACAAGUCAUAGCUGUUGUGAACGGUGUGACAUUAGUAGCCACUGWAUCUCUGAAGGUUUUACAAGAUGGGGACACCUACAGCCCACUUCUGGAAAUUGCCCACAUGCUUCACGACGUUCUGAUGUCACUUCCUGUGUCAGAGGCUCCCCUGCAGCUCCUCUUACAGAUUCUGUUUGAGGCCUGGUGGAAGAACGGGCUGCAGGAGCGGGAGAAAUUUGGGCGCGCCGCUUUCCUCAUCUCCCUGCAGAAGAGCUUCAUCUUAAAGAAACCAGGAGCUGAGAUUCAAAGAGUCUGGAGUCUCCAUGAUGUGCUUCUGAGCCUGGACUACACGUCAGAAGACAACAAGCAAAUUAACGACUUGCUGCUUCAGUGCUUUCACCGCCCUCUUUUCAUUCGAAACGAUGACGGGAAGCGAUUCCUGGUGUUUCUUUUCAGCUGGAGUGUCGAUUUUAUCUGGGUUAUUCAUGGCACGAUCAAAAACCAGCUGGAGUUUUACAACAAGAUCAUAGCUACUCACAUUACUGAGAUCUACUUCAGAGCAUGGAAGAAAGCCACAGGGGAUUUCCUGGAGAAGAUAGAGAGCGUGUGCAUUCAGGAUUUUAUGCGGAAUGCAAUAUUUCUGCACAGAGCAUCACCUGUUCACUCCAAAGUCAGACAAAUUGUGAGCUAUUUCCACUCAAGAAAGGGCUGUCACAGCGUGGACACGAUGCUUUAUAAUCUCUACAAGCCAAUACUCUGGAAAGCUCUCAAAGYUCCUAACUUUGAGGUGCGAGCAAAUGCCACUCUGCUUUUCACCGAGGCCUUCCCAAUCCACGACCCGGAUGAAAGCAACGAGAAUAUAGACCUGAACAUCCAGAAACAGCUGGAUAUGGCAAUGCUUCUUUUUUUUGCACAGGACCUCCUUAAUGAUCCUCACCCCACCGUGCGCUCUAAUGCCACCCUGGGGGUCUGUAAGAUCCUGGCUAAGUGCUGGGAGCUCCUCCCACCAACAGUCAUCACAGACUUUAUGAAGAAGCUAAUGACGGAGCUCGCUGCCGACUGCAGCUGCCCCGACGUCCGCUGCUCAGUCUUCAAGUGUUUGGUUCUUGUUCUGGACAAUCCUCUCAGCCACCCCCUGCUGGAGAAACUCCUGCCCACUCUGAAGUACAGCCUUCACGAUAACUCAGAGAAAGUCCGCACUGCUUUCCUUGACUUGCUCAUCAAGGUGAAAGCAGUUCGUGCUGCCAAGUUCUGGGACGUGUGUAACAUGGACCACCUUCUGGCCCGUCUGGCUAUAGACUCACACUCGGUCUCAAAGCGAGUUGUCGAGCUGCUCUUCAAGUCUUUCUUCCCCGUCAACGAGUCGGAGAAGGAGUGGUGCUGCCGGUGCAUCACACUCAUCCAGAUGAACCCCAUGGCUGCCAGGAAGUUCUACCAACACAUUCACAAGCACACAGCACCCACUAACAUAAUAAAGUUUAUGCUGGCUAUCCGUCGCUGUCUGAACAGCUGCAUCCAGGUGGACUGUGAUGUGACAGAAAAUAACGACGGCAACAAGGAGAACAGCAUGCAGGGUGGGCCUCUUUCCUUGGGWCAAGACAUGUCUGUUGUGGCCAGUUUGCUGGAGAUCGUGGUCAUCCUGUGGGAAAGUGUUAAAAAGGCACUAAAGCAAAACGAGGAGGCGCACAAGUACAUCUCUGCUAAGUUUGGAAAUGUCAUGGCCAAGUAUUUCCAGACUUUUGAGGAUGAGCGAUGCAUCGUUCCUCUUAUAGAGUUGGCCUCAUUUAUGCCCGCAGCCGCAGUUCCAACAUUUAGCUGCGGAGUCCUGUCCAGACUGAGGAGGAUGGACUCGGGAGCCGAUCCGGUACAGUUCGGUCCGCUGCUGGACUGCAUCUGCAGCUGGGGUCAGGCUUCUGACGCUCUGGAACUGAUCACUGACUGGCUCACAGAGUCCCUGCCCAAACAAGGGGAGAAGGUAACCAAAAGCAGAAAGGUGCGUAUUCAGGAGACCGUGGAGGCCAAACCAGACCUGGCGCUGGCCUACCUGGACUACCUUUUAAGCCACACUUCUACACGUGAGCAAGUCUUGGCUCUUGGUCAGGGCCCUCUGAAGCAGCUCCAUACAAUCCUAGGCAACUGGAAGUCAGUGCUGUACGUUCACCUCACCUCGACCACAGAAGACCCUCAGCAUCCCAAAACAGAGACGGCGCUGAAAGCCUUUAUGGUCCACGGUCGACUCGGUGCACAUCUGCAGCACAACCUGACAGAAGGUCGGGAUUACCUGCUCUCUCUGGAGCACAUGGCAGCGUGGGUUACAGACAGGGUGCUGCCCUUUUUUACCAAACCUUUAAGUGAUGGUGAGGGUUCUGAGAAGUCUCAGCAGCUCGCCAUACAGAUAACAGAGAGCUUCAUCACGGUUUGCCGCGACGUUUUGCUCGUGGGCUUGGGUGACGAGACGUUCAAGGGUCAGAUCCUCCAUCUGUGCUCACUUAUUCUCCUCUCAGAUUUGGGCUACGUGUGCAUCCCUGCUGUGCUGCCAACUUUGAAGGAGGUGGCAAACAGCUGCGUACCCGGUGAUAUGAAUCAAGAUCAGGAGAGUCUGGAGGAUGAGACUCCUGUCAUCUUGGGCGUGGUGGCCAACAUUUUCCAAAAGAUUAUAGAGCUGUUGGCACGCCGACUCAGGAAAGAACCCGAGGAAGGAAAGCAGCUCUGCCAGUCACUUGUUCCUGGUCUGACUGACUUCUUCCAAGUGGCACAAAUGUGGGACAGAGCACUUCUCAAUGGGGUUUUCUCUACUGUCUUUGCUGUCAUCAUUGUGGAAAAGAGACAUUUGCUUCAGAAGAUGACCCAUCCUGAGGAGGUCAUCGUUCCACAGUCAGUAGAAGACAUGCCUCCUUUGUCCAGCACCCUGCUGACUGUCAUCCUCAAGUCCCACUCCAUCACCAGGUUGUUCCUGGAAGAGGUCAGCUCAUCUCUGGACUCUGACGCCAUCAGCAGCCUCGUUGAACUGGCUGCCGUUCUGCACGUCUUGGCUGUCAUCAACCACGGCCAGUCCAAGGUUGGCUUGAAGAGCGCAGCUGUGUCUGCGCAGCAGCAGCUUCACAAACAUGUCUCAUCUGUAGACAGCAGAGAUAUCCAGAGGGUUAUAUAUGAAUCUUCAGUGAAGACUUUGAAUGAGAUUCUACAUUUAUAAGCAUCCUUAAUUGUAAAGAAAUGUUCUGUGUGUUGUUUUUUUCAAGAUGGCAAAAAAAAGGAAAGCUUACGUAAAAUAAAAAUAUAAAGCAGAGCUCCUGAUUUGUGCUUUUGUACUUCCUGAUUACAAAUGUCACACAAGUUAAGUCAUAUUUUAAAGCUUUCAUUCUUUACUUCUCUUUUUUUUCCUUUUUAAUGCAUAUUUUUUAUGUCAGUAUAUCUGUUUAUAUAUUUUUAUUUGUCAGUAUCUGUGUUUAUAUAUCUGUUAUUUUGACAGCAUGAAGUCUGCAUUUUGCUACUAAUUUCAAUAAAAUGAACUGUACCGUCCAGCUUA